AGAGAGAUUGAGAGGGAGAGGGAGUGUGAGUGUGCGGGGGCUGCCGGGCUGCCUCUCUCUCAGUCUCUCUGCGGCGGGAGCGGGGAUGGGAGUGGGAGACGCCGCCCGGACACCGACGCAGCCCCGAACCACCCCCGCCCCUCGCCUCGGGCGCCAGAGCUACAUCUGCCGCCUCCACAGCGCCCCUUGUGGCCACUUCUGAGCAGAUCCCGAGAGCACAGGGUGCAACUCAACCCAAGGAAGGAGCCCUUCUUCCAGCACCAUGAACCCCACCAUCGUCUUCAACAAGCUCAGCAGCCAAGUGCUCUUCGAGGACAGCGGUGCCCCAGAGCGGGAGCGGCCCUUUGGGGGUGUCCUGGAGGUCUCCCCACGUCACCCCGAAGUCCUCAUCCCAGACAGACCCUCCAUCAAGGACAACCUCAGCCUCAGGCACCGCAGGACAGGUACACGGCAGAACAGUGGGAAGGUGAGACACAAACGCCAGGCGCUUCAGGACAUGGCGCGGCCACUGAAACAGUGGCUCUACAAGCACCGAGACAAUCCAUACCCCACCAAGACGGAGAAGAUUUUGCUGGCUCUUGGCUCACAGAUGACUCUAGUUCAGGUAUCUAACUGGUUUGCCAAUGCAAGGCGUCGCCUCAAAAACACUGUCCGGCAACCAGACCUCAGCUGGGCUUUACGAAUAAAGCUGUACAACAAGUAUGUUCAAGGAAAUGCCGAAAGACUUAGUGUAAGCAGCGAUGAUUCAUGUUCAGAAGAUGGUGAAAACCCUUCAAGAAGCCAUAUGAACGAAGGGGGUUACAACACACCCGUUCAUCACACUGUGAUCAAAACAGAAAGCUCCGUAAUAAAGUCUGGAGUAAGACCAGAGGGAAAUGCCAAUGAGGAUUAUGUAUCACCCCCGAAAUAUAAAAGCAGCUUGUUGAACCGCUAUCUGAAUGACUCAUUGAGGCAUGUCAUGGCCACAAAUGCAGCCAUGAUGGAAAAAACAAGGCAACGGAACCAUUCGGGAUCAUUUAGCUCCAAUGAAUUUGAAGAGGAACUGGUGUCUCCAUCAUCUUCGGAGACUGAAGGCAAUUUUGUCUACCGGACAGAUCAAGCUGGGAGACAGUGACUGCCAAGGUCAUCGAGUCGGGUUCGUAACUCCAUCAUGCCUAAACCCAGAAGGAGAUGAAAGGUCUUCCCUCCUUUGCUCCCAACAGCUACUGUCCUGGCUGUGGAGGGAUAGAAGAGGCAGGCAUUUUCCCAUUAUGUUCAGACCCAAAGCGGAUGAAAGGCCCUCCCUCCCAACUGCCACUGCCCUGGCUGCAGAGGGAGAGAAAAAGAGGCAGCGCCUUCUGGACUUAAUGCAAUCCCCUUUUCCUUUUGAGUCACCUCUUUAUUAGGUUGUAGACUGAACUCUCCGUUAACUGGAACUCAAGCAACUGGCAAAAAAAUCGAAGAAAUAAUACUUUAAAUUAAAAUAAAAAUGAAAUCAAUUUUUAGGGAGAAUGUUACAUUAAGUUUGUCUUUAUUUGUCUUUAUUUGUCUUUAAUUGUUGUAUUUCAGUGUUAAUAUCAAGUCAAUAUAGUUUAUGGUAUGGUGUAGUAUAGGAUAUAGUAUUAGGCCUGUUAAUAGUAAUGUUCAAGCAACCAGAAACUACAUUUGUCUGACCCCUACCAAUCCUCAUGAGCGCUUGUUAAAUGAGAGUCUGCUAUUAUUCAGGGAAAUAUUUUGUUGUCUUUUACCAUGUACAGAGAUGGCCCCAUAUAAAAUAAAUAAAAUUAUGAUAAUGAUCCAAUGAGACUUGAACCUGGGUCUCCUGUUUCCAUUCUGCUGUUCUAACCAUUGCACCAAAAUGAGCAAAAACAGUGCAUAAUCUUUUUUGGGAAGAGUGAAAGAGCUCCUGGGUUCUUUAGUAAAGCAGUUCAACUGUUGGAACUGGGAAUGGGCACUCACAUUGGGUCUUCAGCAAGCAGAUGGAAAUACUGUUUGAGUUCCAAGACUAUCACUUGUGUCUUUCGUUCUUACAAAAUGCAAAGUUGCAUUACAUUAGGUGUGUUUGAAGUUGACAGCACUUCAGCACUGAAAUCUUUUUCUAUCUCCGAACCUCCAGUUUAUUCUACGGUUGUUUUAUCCAUUUCAUUUUAGAUGACAUUGGCUGUUGGUCAGAAUGAUAGCUGAGACUGUUUUCCUCUGAAAAGUGUAUUUUUCAAAGGUUUUCGAGAAUGCUACUACAGUUAAUUUUAUUUUUGAAGACAGCUUGCUUAGUUGUCUUAAUAUAUCUACUAUGUCAAUUUUAGAUUACUUGUACCUUCUUCUGAAAUUAGAGGUUUUAAGCAGUGCCAGCAUCAAUCAACCAAUACAUCCUUAUCUGAAUGAGCAAAUCUUGUUUCCCCUUAUGGAUUUGUGGCUUGUGCUUGACUUCCCAUAAUUUAAAAAAUGGAUUUAUGUGUUCUACUGAAAGCAGCUAUUGGUCUAUAAUUUUAACAGCAGGGGGACUUAGAGAGGGAAGCAUUUGGCUGAAAGCAGAAUUCCUCCGGCUUCAAAGGAACAGUUAUGGUGGAAUCAAUAUUCCGGGAAGCCGAUAAAAGAAUGCUCGUUGGUUUUAAAAGUUACUUUCUGCUUCAUGUUCUCUUAAGCAGCACCGCAAAGCCAUAAAGCCAAGAUUGCAAUUCUGUCUGCAGCUCCAGAAAAAGAAUUCUCUUAUACAGUAAUCAUUAAAAACAGAGCCAAACAAGUCUGUGUGUGGGGUGGGUAGGUGGGUGGGUAGGUGAGCGUGGAGAUAGAAAUAGCCACAGGUUAAAGAAGAAAUCCUUUUAGGGGUUGGGCAUCUACACUUUAUUGUGUGUUACAGCUAGUCUAGAUAAGUUUCUGAACCCAAUUAUGGGCAGAAUUGAUAAGCUUGUUAUCAGGAGAGCGUUCUGAUAUAUAAAGACCGAAGCAGGGUCACCAAACUCCCAAAGGAUUCCAACUCAAGGUGGUAAUAAUCACUACCUCUUUUACCCAGAAGCAAAGUUGACACAAACUGAGUAUUUUAAUGCAGUUCACAGCUUCAGAGCUAAGCUGUUUAUGGAUAAACUAAUGGAUAAUGUACUUACCUAAUGACAGCUGUGAGCAAUCCUGUGGCAACAAAUCCCAACCCUCUUAAAAAGUAGGAUUCUUCAAAGAUGAACAAAGAUCAAAACCAGGUAUAUGUGUCAGCUAAAUAACAUCCUAAUACAUUUCUCCAUCCUACAGAAAUACUUAACAGAAGCUAAAAACAUAUUCUCAAUUUAUAUUACAGGUGUAGCUAUGUAAGCCAAAUAGGUGAAGAAGCUCUUAAAAAAAAUACUCAGAACAGUAUGUUGAUCUUAUAUGGCCUAAAUUUGAUCUUGUGUCAAUUGUGUUUGGGGAGAGGAUUUUUUAUCAGUCAGUAAAUGUCAGAUCUAUGAAACAGGGAUGCACUCCAUUUUUUUUUUUGCUCCACCAGUUCCAUUAAAUGCACACACCCCAAUUAUCACCUUUACGCAUUGGUAAUAGAGAGAUUUCAUUUCACCCACUUACCCUCCAAUCCCCCCCCCUUAUUUUUAAAAAUAUUAAAACAUAUUUACAUUUAAAAGGGAUCUUGCUUACUUGGAAAAAUGUUCCAGUAUAACAAAAGCAGAAAAAGAAAAUGUAGAAAGGAGGAAGGGUCACCACAUCAGCCAUAUGUUUCUGUGAAACCUUACCAAAUGCAUUUUGAAUUUUGUCUAUACAUCAUUUUUUCGAAAACUGGAAAUUGUAUUUAGAUCUUCUAUCCAUAGGUUAUCUAUCCAAUAGGAGGGAUGGAGAGUGAGAGACACAAGCACUUAGCUAAAACACAUCAGGUGCUUUAUAUACUUAUAAGAGAGUCAUUAAGAUAUGAUCUUUCUCUAAUUUUGUCUGCGUAUUUCUGCCUUCAACUCACUUACUGACUUUAAAUUUCAAAUAAGAAACACUACAGAUGUUUUCUUACUUCUUAAAAGGUUGUACUUUCUUUAUUGACAAGUUAUACUGAAAGUGACAUGAGAUGUUGGAUAACAGAGAGCAGCAUUUUUAUUGCUCAUCGUCAUUAGAAAAACCAAUGCUUUCAGCAUCAAAAUAAGUGAUUUCUACUUGGAAAAGUAACUUUUAGGUGGACUGAUGGUCAUGCUGGCUGGGGAUAUAUUGGGCGCAGUAAUUUUUAAGAUAUAAUUUUCCUGAUAUUUUGUCUUUUCCGUUCAUUCCCUCUGUUCCCUUAUCUUUCCCUGUAGUUUUGCCAGCAGACAUGCCAAAAGACUGCUUUGGCCUUUCCCCCCCUUUUGAUCUGGCUCUAGCCCACUUGUGAUCUGAUAUUAGAAUACUUUUCUUUGGGUUUUCCUUCUCCCCCCGGGGAACAAUACUUCAAGGACAACCUGCUUGUCUAGUAUCUGAACAUGUGGAAAACCCACUGCUUGUGCAGUAAUGGUUUUCAGAUGGUUGGUUAUAGCUGCGAAUCGUCCUGCGAAGCGGCCGCGUCUUCCCUUGUAGCACCGUGCCACUUUGCCAAAAUGCGGCUCUGGAGAAAGCCCCAUAUUUUCAUUCGCACAGUGGUGAAAUGUGCUCCGUUGCACAUACCUUACGUAGAAUCAUUUGAUUCCAGCAAGGGAGUAAAUUUUCCGGUGGGGGCUUGUGCUUAGCGGACUGUAAUGUGUAUGGUGGCCCCACCUUUUCAUUCCAGCCUCGCUGCUAAAAUUCUGGAAAAAGUCCGAUGUUGCCAAAUAUCCACAACGGCCAUGGCAAAAGCGACCGAAGGAUUGUUCCACAAAUGAAUGAUUUUUCACUGCUUUAAAGCAGUGAGAAUUGGGAGGACGAAGGGAGGGGGAUGUGUCUGCCUGGCUAAUUUUUUGAGUUUCAAAUAGUUUCUCUGCUCUUCUACUCUGCGAGAAAAGCUUAUUCUUUUCAACGAGGCUUUCCUAUUUAAUCGUUAAUUAAACCCAAAGUUUUCUUUUAAUUUUAAACAGUUUGCCUUGGACUGGAAUAACACUGAACAACAGUGUAGAAAAUCAGAUCCAAGCUGCUGUAGAUACAUUUUCUUUAAACCACUUGGGUGCUGCUCUCUGCCAAACAGACUACAAACUCUUACUGUGGGCAAAAGGGACCAAAUGCCCAAAUGCCAGUCAACUAAACAAGCAAGGCUGUUUUUCUGGAGUUGUUUCUCCCUUCAGGACCUGAUCAUGAAUGACUUAAACCCUGUGUAUGAUCAGAUGUCAUGCCCUUAAAAUAAUUAUGCCAAGGUUCCCUCUUCGGUGCUGCUUUAGUGUUUGCUUUUGUGAGCCACUGAAUAGCAAUUAACAUGUGAAAGAUAAGUGUUGCAAAGAUGGUGGAGUCGGGAGAAAAUAAUUGGGCGAGAUAAAAAUGAUGGUGAAAAAGAAAACAGAGAGAUUUGAGAGGGGAAAGGGAGGGAUAGUUUGCAGUAGAGAAAUUUAAUUUGCUACAGCUUUUGUUGGUCGAAGUUGGGACAGGGAAUUAACUCUCAGGAAGAAAAUGCAAUCGUAAUUGUUUGCUCUCCUAAGAGUCCUGCAUUGAAUUCAUUGUGUGCAUUUGGCAGUAUUUUGCUUCCUUUUUGUCUGUCUUUAUAAUAAGAAAUAGCAGCCCUCAAAGAUACCUGGAUAAGUAGAUAGAUAUCUCUUUUUCUAAACCUUUUGAUGCAAGUUUCAUGCUUCCCGGUUU